CGCACGCCAGCAAAGGAAAGCAAGGCAAGGAAGCCUCCAAAUCCUUCCCUGUCCAAACUCCAAACCACCACCUCUCCUCUCCCUCUGUCGCGGCCCCACGCUGGCCUCGAUCCACCGCUCGUCUCCACCAAACCCUGUCCAUCCCACCUUCUCCGUUUCAAAAUCCGACCUUUUGGUUCGUGAGAUCCGGCGGAGCAAAUCGGAGAGGUCGAGUAGCGGGGAGAUUAUUUGGCCAUGAAGCAGUCGGCGGUUCAGCAGAGCAACCGCCGUGCGUACCCUCGAUCCUCCGCCGGGGACGGCGGGGGCGUUGCCGCGCCAGCUGACGGGUCCGUUUUCAAGUCUCCUGGAGUCAUCUUCUGGCCUGCCUUCCACGUUCUCUGCUGCCUUGUCUCCGCCGCCGCCGGAUUCCGAUUCUCCCGCCUCCUUUUCCUCCUCCUCUUUUCUCCUCUCGCUCCCUCCUCCUCCUCCUCCUUCCCCCGCCAGCACCUUCGCCUCCCCCUUGUCCGCCAGCAACCCGCCACCGCCCUUCCCUCCUUGCUGCCACCGCCCGCAGUCCUGCCUCCGCCGCCCCCGCCCAACUCCAAAUCCCUCGCUUCUAGCCGCGUCGUUGUCGGUCGCCACGGAAUCCGAGUGCGGCCCUGGCCGCAUCCAGACCCUGCCGAGGUCGCGCGCGCCCAUGAGAUCCUCGCCCGAGUACAGCAGGAGCAGCGCCUACAAUAUGGAGUGAAGGAUCCCCGCCCCAUUCUCGUCGUCACGCCGACCUAUGCCCGCACCUUCCAAGCCCUCCAUCUCACCGGACUCCUCCACUCUCUCAUGCUUGUCCCGCACCCCCUCACCUGGCUCGUCGUUGAGGCCGGCGGUCUCUCCAACGAGACUUCCGCGAUCCUCUCCAGCUCCCUCGUUCCCGUCCUUCAACUCCCCUUUCGCGAGCAGAUGCCAGUUGUCUGGAGCGACAGACACCGCCUCGAAGCCCGGAUGCGCCUCUACGCCCUCAGAGUUAUCCGGGAGCGAAGAUUGGACGGGAUCGUCCUGUUCGCAGAUGACAGCAACGUCCACACCAUGGAGCUCUUCGACGAGAUCCAGAAGGUGGAGUGGAUGGGCGCGGUAUCGGUCGGAAUUCUAGCGCAUUCAGCGGCUCCCGAGACUCCAUCGCGGAAGCAGCAGCGGGAGGGAGACAAGGAAAACUCGCAUUUGCCGAUCCAAGGUCCGGCCUGCAACUCCUCGGGCCACUUGAUCGGCUGGCACACCUUCAACACCUUACCGUAUGCGAAAAAAGCUGCCAUCUUCGUGGGCGAAGGAGUGAUUGUGUUGCCUUCGAAGCUCGAAUGGUCUGGUUUUGUGAUUAACUCGAGAUUAUUAUGGAAGGAGGCGGAGGGGAAGCCCAAUUGGGUUCGAGAUCUUGAUGAUGUUGGGAUAAACGGGGAGGAGAUCGAGAGCCCACUUGAUUUGCUGAAGGAUGCGACGUUAGUUGAGCCACUAGGUAACUGCGGGAAGAAGGUUAUGCUAUGGUGGCUCCGAGCUGAAGCACGUUAUGAUAGCAAGUUCCCUACUAGAUGGGUGAUAGAUCCUCGUUUGGAGAUAAUUGUUCCUGCAAAACGAACUCCUUGGCCUGAGGCACCUCCCGACCUCGUGUUUCAACAGAUGGCAGAUGAUGAAGAGCACACCAGAGAGCAUGUUUCAAAGAAAAGUAAGUCUUCUAGGUCUAAGAAUAGCUAUAGAAAGAAAAAGAAGCGCGAGGCUAAUGUAAAUACACAAGUUUCAGAUUUGUCCAUUGCGGACGUGAAAUGAGGUUCCAGCAAAGAGUUUCCAUGGAAAUAGCUUCAAGAGGAAAUGCUGCAACUUGUGCCAAGCACGCGAGAUCUUUGAAAUCUCUGUGGUGGUAACAAAUUGAAGAGCAAAUUCUUAGGAUGUGCAUUCUUUCAUGCAAAGCUAAUGUUAGAACAAGAUUUGCAUUUAAGUUUCCGCAGGGUUCAUGUGGCGGUGAUGUGGAAUGAAGAAUGCUUUUGUUCACAUAUAUUAAGUUUUUUAUAAUAUAUUAAUUUGAUUCAAGAUGCA